UUACCUCGAGAGAUGGAAGAAAAGAGGGAAAAGACGAACGAAUUAGGGCAAAAUUGCGUGCAAUGUUUCGGAGUUUGAUUUGCUGCUUCGUUGUCUGAUUUUCGACCUCUCCGAAGGAUUUAGGGCCCGGCAAUCUCAUGAAGGACCCGUUGCAGAAGAGGAAAGUGAUCGUACGGCACUUGCCGCCGUCUAUUACUCAGUCUGGUCUCUUGUCCCAUAUCCACGCUCGUUUCGCCGAUCGUUACAAUUGGCUCGCUUUUCAUCCUGGGAAAUCCAGCCAUAAGAAUCAGAAGUAUUCUCGGGCCUACAUAGAGUUCAAGACUCAAGAGGAUGUUUAUGAGUUUGCUACAUUUUUCAACGGCCAUGUGUUUGUUAAUGAGAAGGGAUCUCAAUGCAAGGCUAUAGUUGAAUAUGCGCCUUCACAGCGUGUGCCAAAACAAUGUGGCAAGAAGGAUCCUCGUGAAGGGACUAUUUGCAAGGAUCCUGGUUAUCUGGAAUUUCUUAAGAUCAUAGCUAGACCUGUUGAGAACCUUCCGAGUGCUGAAAUCCAGUUGGAAAGAAAAGAAGCCGAACAGUCUGGUACAAUGACAGACACUCUUAUUGUUACUCCUCUGAUGGAAUUUAUACGGCAAAAACGUGCUGCUGAGAUUGAAACACAGGGUUUGUCAGAUUUUCGAAGAGCGAGCAGAAGAGGCAGAGCUGCAUCUGCUAAUAAGCCAAAUUCAAGGUCUUCGAAACGAAGCUCCGAAAAGAAAAAGUAUGUUGAAAAGGACAGUGCAAAGAACAUGACCCGAAAAGCUAAGUCAGCCUAUGCCACGAGCUCUAAGCAAGAAAAUAAGCAUUUAACUUCCAGUGAAGUCCCAGAAAAUGAAAAUGACACUGUUAUCGAAAGCUCUUUCCCAGGGAUUAACUUGAUUAUGGAGUCUGGAAAGAAAAAGAUUUUGCUCUUGAAAGCAAAGGACAGAAACAGUCCUACUAACUCUUUGCCACAGUCAGAGGAGCAGAAUGAAACGGCUUCAGUGGGAAGUUCAUCUGCUUCCAGACAAAGCCAGAAGAGUGAUGUUGGUAGGAGGUUGAUCAGGGGCAUACUUUUGAAACAUGAGCCACAACUGAGUCAAUCUUCAUCUUCUGUACAUCCUGAGCAAAAAGCGCCAUCAUCAGAGGUGGAAAACAGCAAACGACCUCCUCGGUCUGCCAACACACGAGCAGAUGGUAAAUUUGCAGGGAAAGACUAUCAUGGUCCUGGUGCCCUCAGUGAGAAGCAGGAGAGACGCACGAGAAACAAAGAAGGACCUGAUCGUAUUAUGUGGGCUCCGCUUCAUCGUACUGAUGGGUUGAAUGUUAGCGAGGACCAUCAGUCAUCUUCAGCAGCGAAUAAUGGAGAAGUGAAAGACGAGAUGCUUGUCCUGAAGACUGUUGAAGGGGCAGCUUCCUCUGGCAGCCACCAUUCAUAUUCUCCAGAGAACGGUUCUUCAAGACAUACCAGUCGCCGUGUUGGAGCUCGUAAUAGAAAAGAUGGCGUCUUGGGGAUGACAGGUGAUGGUAAAUCUUUGAGAAGAGGUGGCAGUGGUUUGAAUCCUCAUGAGAAACAAAUGUGGGUUCAGAAGUCAUCUUCCGGGUCAUGAUGUAUCUAUCUUUCAGAUCUGGCUCAGUGUCAACCAUAGCAAUGGGUUUUCGUCCUUCAAUGGACUCUGAGAUCUUUUUACCUAUCCGGUUGGAGUUUCACAUUUCAGACAAAUGGGGAGUAACUAUAUCAACAACACUUUGGUCCAACACUGUAAGUGGCAACGGUUUCAUAGGAUUGCACAUACCGACCGUGACCCCUUCUCACAUAGGAUUGGAGAAUAUAUAUGGCCCAAAUACUGACCACAAUACAUCAAUCCGGCUGGGAAGGCUAAGCUUGUUACUUUUGCUAUCCUCUCUUUGGUCAUGGUGUUGUAGAAGACAAUAGAGGAUGGUAACUUCUCUGCGAAUUGAGUGAUGAGAUAACAUCCUGAAACGUUUGAAGGAGCAAAGCCAGAAUGAGCUAAAGGGAGGAACAACACACUGUUGUGGGUUGUUUUUUUUUUUUUUUUUUUUUUGGGGUCAUGGGAAUGUGACUGCAGGAUUUCUGGUAUCUAAAGUAUAGAAGAUUGAAAGUCUUUCGUAUUGUACAAAACUGCUACUUGGCUUUGGAUGAGGACAGUCUUUAUAUCCCUUUUUAA